AUUGAGUUGAAAAAUGUGUGUUUAAACUUAAUCACCAGGUAACAAUGUACCACUGGGAUCUACCGAACAUUCUUCAGGACCUUGGUGGAUGGUCGAACCCAAACAUUGUUGGGUAUUUCGAAAAUUACGCAAAUUUUCUUUUCAAAACAUUUGGCUCACAAGUCAAACUGUGGACUACAAUCAAUGAACCCAGAUUCGUAGCUAUUGCUUAUGGUGAUGAGACCUUUGCACCUAAUAUCGGUGAAGUAUUCAACGGUAUCGCCGACUACAUGGCCAUUCGUAAUGCGUUGCUUUCCCACGCAGCAGCUUACAAGUUGUACAAGAAAAAGUACUUUGCAAAACAGCAGGGUGAGAUCAGUUUGUGCUUUGACACAGCGGCGUAUUUUCCAGUAAAUCCGGAUUCACCUGAGGACAACGAAUGUGUUUCAAAAGCAUUUGAUUUUUCGCUUGGAGUAUUCACUCAACCAUUGAAAAACGGCACAUUUCCACAAUCGUUGCUAGAUCAGGUCGCUAGAACGGACAAACACGAAAACAUAUCUUUAAAGCGUAUCGUUGAAUUUACCGAGAGCGAAAAACAAGAUCUCAUACGAUCAUAUGAUUUCAUUGCUUUCAAUUAUUAUGAUUCAUACAAUGUAAGACCAAUGACCGAAGAUGAAUUCAAGGCUGAGAAAUAUUUACUAAAUAAAGAUUUGGGAGUAAAAUUGUCCUCGAAUGCAGACAACAUGGAUGAUACCUUCAAAGGAUUUACUCAGGUGGUUGAAUGGUUUGUGAAAAACUUAGAUAAUCCGAAAUUGUUUGUUACUGAAAAUGGCAUUUAUGAGAAACCAAAUGUGGACGAAAGUGAAAAAAAAAUCAAAUAUCAUCGUGGUAUUUUGACGGAAAUUCACAAAGCCUUAAAUAAAGGUGUUGUUAUUAAAGGGUAUUGCGUCUGGUCGUUUAUGGAUUCGUUGGAAUGGACAAGUGGAUAUUUUAAAAAAUUGUUUGGUAUAUAUAGCGUGGACUUCAAUGACCCAGAAAGACCCCGUACCAAAAAGCCAUCUUUUGAGUUCUUCCGAAAAGUUUUCACAACAAGAACCUUGCCACCUGUCUAAUGCGAUUAAUAUGAUUGUGGAGAAAUGGUCUAUUUUAAAGGGGUGCACUUAAAAAUGUUUACAUUUAGAAUAAUUUUAAUUAGAAUUAUUUCUGUGGUCGAACGUAUAAUAAUAUAAUAAUAUAUAGACGAGAAAUAAAUACGUUUAAUCUACCUAUGAUUAAUGCGAUUAUAAUACAACAUUGCUGCAGGCUAAAAUCGAUAAACUUAAGUAAUAUACUAAUAUUAUACUUCGAAAUUUUUCAUUGUAACUAAAAAAUACACAUUUUUAUAGCUUUUAUCUUUCUAGAGCUCUGUUAAAACAAAUAUUAUUAUUAUACAAAUUUAACAUAA